AGGAAAACGUAAAGAAGAGAAUGAGUCUUGAAUUCCAAGCUGUGACGCCCUGUCGACUUGCCCGGAGCCUGCCUCUAAAGAACAGGUCUCCCGUAGAACAGGCAAGAAACUUUGGGCGUACAGUAUGGAACCCAUGUAUAUCCCACAACGGGGGAUUGAAGGCGACUUUUGGUACGCCGUCCUACCCCUCCCCGCUAGAUCGGAUACGAACGGGGAAAAGAGAACGGGCAGCUCAACUCGGCAUCAACGUCGGGUUGUAUGAAAAAGCUGAAUACGAGAGUAAUCAGUCGUUUCCUGGACUGGGGAGGACGCAGGAAAACGAGGUGAAAAAGUCUGAGCCACUUUUGGCGCCAACCUUGGAUGACUUCAAAGGUGACGGUCUGAAUGAUGUCAGCUUUAGCAUCGGCCACCAAAAGGGAUCGUUUUCCGCCACGCCCAACCACCAUGACCCAAAGCUCAACAUGUCGUUGGGGGCGAGUUGGUCGUUCUUCAACUAUGUCUCGAGCACGGCCGCCGACACUGGGAUGUUCCCAACCAAUGUUCGGAAUCCCAACAAAGCCAUUUGUACUAUUACUGCGCGGACGACUGAGGUCUUGGUCGCCAAUGACAUGGCGUGUGAAUUAUUCAACUAUGGGCGCACGGAGCUGAUUGGCGCCCGCCUGACGCAGCUUCUCCGUCUCAAGAAUAAGGACCAGGCGGCGAUGACGGAGACCCACCUGGAGGAGAAGACGGGAAUCGUCCUCAGCGUCUCGGGAAAAGUGAUGGAUGCGGUCGAUUCUAGCGGCCUGGUUAUUCCAGUCUCGGUGUGGAUCAGGAAUUUGAAAUCGGACGGUGAAGCGCGCUGCCUUGUUAUCAUGGAGCCUGUGGAGAGGACAACAGCCAAGGUUACUUUUGACAUGACUGGCACAAUAAUAUCAUGUGACAGUCAAUUUGCCUAUCUCCAUGGUUUCACGUCUGCUAUUGAAAUGAUGGGGCAGCGGCUGACAUCCUACAUUCCUUCAUUAGUUUUACCUACAGAUAGGACGGUUACGAAGGAGCUCCGCAAGCAGUGUUCAACAGGCCGCACACGAGAUGGGGCGCGAUUUCCCUGUACCGUCACCAUCCGGUCGCUAAAAGAUGCGCCCCCAGGGUAUGAUCCCGGAGACUUGAAGAAGAUACUGCUGUCCAAGCAAGAUAAACUGGAGGGUACUGAGAGCUCGUCAAUGAGAGUAGAAGGACAGAUGACUCCUGAUUGUCCGUCGUUAGAUAGCUCCAUGGUGGACACCCCGAAUUCGUCUUUAGGUAACUUGAGCACGACAAGUGCAGCGUGUUCCGUGCCGAUUUACGAGGGUGUCGUGUGGGUGUUUGCCAAUAUCAGUGGCAUGGUGACGUUCCUCCAAGAUGGCACCAUCUACAGCUGUAAUGAACACUUCUCGACGAUGUUGACGGGUUACAGACAGCAGGAGAUAUUUGGCAAGGAUGUCUCGUUCCUUAUUCCGGACUUCUAUGAAGACUUGGACUUGGCCGACCAAGACUCCUCGAUGCCUCUGCCCCCUAUUGACGACGACGAUGAUCCAAUCUUGGCGUGUGCUGCUGAUAGAACUCCCAGCAGAGGUCCGAGCCCGAUCUUAGCUUACGAGUCUUACCCACCCUCAGGUGUCAGCGAAGACAUGGGAUACGGCAAGAGUGUGAGCGAGACUACAUCACGGAGCAUCCCGUCCGACCCGACAUCGCCCUCACUCGGGAAUCACACGGAUACAGAACUAGUCGACUUGGAGACAACGGAUGAAUUACUAGAAGAGGCUAGUAAGGUGGUUGCAAAUUCAAAUUUAUCGGACAAUAAUGGGCCGGUAUUGACUAAAAGUGGACACUUAUACAGUCUGGAGGACGGAGAAAUCCUUGACGACACGAUGGAAUUGUUAAAAACUGUACCACCGAUAAUCAGCAGUCCUGAGCCAUCGCAGAAAAAGAAUGAGGAAAAAAAUACAGAACAAAAUGAACUAAGUCCUUUGUCAAAAAUAGAUCUGAAAUCAAACGCAAAUGUUUCACAUUGUUCGAAUAGUAAAAAUUCUGUUGAUAAGAGUGUAGACUUUGUUCGAGAAAAUGGACAGACCGAUUCACAUUUAGAUUCUGUUGAUGGACACUGUGCAAAAGGACAAGGUGACGCGCCCUCUGUUGGCCACUGCAGUCCUAGUCGGUCGUGCCCAAAGCUCUCGGGUCAUAUAGGGAUGUACGAUGUGAAUAAAGUGACAUCAACACCGUCGUGUAAGGUGAAGAAGGCGGCGCCCUCUAGUUUGGCGAUUCCGGAGGGGAGUUGGUGCGGGAAGUUACGUCAUCGUGAUGGCAGUAGUCUGGCUAUUAUUUAUCAGAUCAAGACUGUCGCCCUGGAUGAUGGAAGUGUGCUCUACUGCAUGUGGGUGUCGCGGGAUCCGGAGGACCCUGCGGUCACGUACACGCUAGCGUCCAGCUUCAAUAGCACGUUGGAUCAGUCGUCGUUCAGCUUUCAUAAAGAGUAUCCGGCUGAUAAAGUUGCAUCACCGCUCGUGGAGGAUAAGAGAGAGGAAGUGAUGAUGCCGUUUCAGGGACGAUUUGAGGAACAUUACAUAACUAGUCAGUCGAUAGGCAAGGGUGCGUUUGGGUUCGUCAAGUUGGCGAGGAGAAAGAAUGAUGGGAAAGAGGUGGUUGUGAAAUUCAUCCGGAAGGUGAAGGUGUUGAAGGAGUGCUGGAUUGACGACCCUGAACUUGGCAAGGUGCCACUGGAGAUUUGCCUCCUCACCAAACUCAAGCAUACAAACAUCGUAGCUUUAAUGGAGGCAUUUGAAAAUGACGAGUUCUAUCAGAUGGUGAUGGAGAAACAUGGCCAGGGCAUGGACCUGUUUGAAUUCAUCGACCGAUGUCCCAACCUGGAUGAGCCGCUGGCCAGCUAUAUCUUUAGACAGCUGGUCUCUGCCAUCCGUUAUCUCCAUGGCCUAGACAUCUUACACCGCGACAUCAAAGAUGAAAACAUCAUCCUCGACGAAAAAUUUCACAUCAAACUCAUCGACUUUGGUUCGGCGGCUUUCAUGGAGCCUGGCAAGCUUUUCGGGACGUUCUGUGGGACGUUGGAAUAUUGUAGUCCGGAGGUUUUAUUGGGAAACAAAUACCGAGGUCCAGAGCUUGAGUUGUGGUCGAUGGGCAUCACCCUGUAUACGCUGGUGUUUGGCGAGAACCCGUUUUAUGAUGUGGAUGAGACCGUGGCCGCUGUUUUGAAGCCUCCUUUUAGAGUCUCUGCCGAGCUGUUGAACCUGAUUGGCUGGCUCUUGCACCCAGACCCGAUAAAACGGGCAACGAUUUCCGACCUUCACCGGAACGCUUGGAUCAACCAGCCAAUCAAAAUCAGUGAAUACGACUGGAGAAAGGUGCUACCCAAUAGUGAGUUUAGUGGCAAUACAGCGUCAGACAAUCGGCCGGAGAGCGUUGACAGUCCAGCUCCACCAGCACAUGACUCGGACACGGAACGGUUAGCCGACGAACUACAGAAAUGUUUGGAACUUGAUGACGCAGAUAGCCACGGGUCUUCACCGAGUUUUUCUUAACAUCAACAAAUUCUAAGAAAUCUUGUGUUUGAAUGUAUUCAGGGGAAAAUCGUUUAAGGUUGUAAUGUAAGGCUACUCAAAUUUAAUACCUUUGUUUUGACAAUUCCCCACCCGCAGGCUAUGUGGGCCAAAAGGCCUACUCUUAGCUCUUUUGCUACUGCACCCGGUAUAUACCGGGUCUGUACACUGCGUACUACGUGCCCCACACCGGUAUUUACCGGGUCUGUACACUGCUGACUACCUGCCCACAGGCAAAGUAAUCCGUACUGCUAAAUUUCCCCCAAAUUCGAUCAUUCAGGACAGUCCCUAGUUUUUAGUUGGUUACACCUGAAAAAACGAGGUGGCAGCACUGCAUUCAAUUCAAUGCAGACCACGUCCUUGAGAUGGGUAAUGCUUGCUAUUUUACAAUGAAACUUUUCCUGGGCCGAGUUUGAUCUAGGCCAACCGGUCUAUACCGGAUGAGGGUACGGUACACUGCCAAAACAAUGUGGUAGCGAAAUGGUUAAAGACUAAUUGUUUGUACAAAAUUAAGCUUGAAUUUGACAUUUUCAAAUUGUGUAAAUAUAGAACUGAAUGUAAAUUUCAACAAUGCCAGUGUUAAGACUGAUAAACAAAUAAUCUAUGAAUGUCAAAGUUAAGCAAAUUUGCAUGUACAGUAACUCCACUGUGGCAAUGUUUGUUUCUAAUUAUCUGAGCCACAAGAGAGUACGAUGAACAGAAAUGCAAUAGGCUAAAACAUGUGUGGUCUUUAUUUUGAUUAUGCAAAUAUUAUUUACAAAUCCAAGAUAUUGACAUCUUCUGGUUGAGUUGCAUGUGAUUUUGCUGUCUAAAUAUUUCAAUUAACGUCCCUAAUAAGAAGGAGCCACGGUGGUGUAGUGGCUCCUUUCCAGACUGUUGGUCGUGAGGUCCCUGGUCCAACCCCACUGUUGGUGUGAGACUCUCGGCAGGUGUCUUUGCUACUCCACCUAUGAAUGGGUACCAGUUGGAAAUGUUCAGGUUGUAGUACAGAUUGUGAGGCUCGUCUGAGCUCUCCUGAAAGGUUUUAGGACAGACCAGAGUGAAAGUGUGAAGUUGGUUAAUAAUGCUUUGAAUAGUCAACUGAAAAUGAUGUUUUCAUGAACAUGGGUUACGGUAUUUUCAUUUUUUAUCGAUAAUGGGUGAUAUGAAUAAAGACUAGCAAAUGCUUUUACUUUAAUUUUGUACAGAAAGGCCUAGUGUAAAUGUACAUGGAGAUUAAGAUAAAAGCAUUUGCUAAUCCCAAUCUGCCGAGUCCAUUGUUCAAUUCUUAUUUACCUACGGUGUGUGACUGCUGGCAAUAAUGAAAAAGAUCAUUUGAGUGUAUCAUAAAACUUCAGCACAAAUAAUGUUGUUCAUUGGUGAAUUAAAUUGAUGUCGUUCCAUGGUGUUUUUGGAAAGAAAAUGGGAAUUUAAUGUAAACAAUUAUGCACUUGCUGUGAGUUCAUUUAUGCAUAUGUGACCCGUCACAGCAAAACCAGGCGCAUGUCGCACAGAAGAUGAGCCUAAAUGACACCAUGAGAUAAUGGAAGAAAUUGAUGUGCUCAUAUUUCACAAAAGGCAGACAAUAGAGAAUUGAACAAACAGUCUGUCUCAACCUGCCAAGCUCAGAGCGACAUGCGCCUAGUUUUGCUGUGACGGGUCACAUAUUUCGGAUGUACAUGUAACGAAUCACCGUAUGCGAUCGCUGCGAAUGCUUUCAUGGAUAUUUUUUUUGGAUGUUUAUACUUGUCGUUUAUAUCAGAAAUUGUGAUUUGAUGUAUUGAUGCGUAUUCCAUCCACACUGAUAGUAAUCAUGAAUUCAAUUGCACUGCCAUUGGAAGCGACUAACUGUGUUUUCAAAUAUCCAAAUCUAAACUGGAUAGCAUUUUACUUAGCAUUUGAUGUUUUCAAUUGGUCUGUGUGUUGUUGUUUAAAAAUUAUUUUUUCACUAGCAAUGUCUGUGGUAAAGAGUUUUUCAGCUCUUAGCAAUUUUUGGGCAUCCCUUGCACCUGCAAAGCUGUGGAUAGCAAUGUUAUGCUGAAUUGUGGUUACGUUAAUCUGAUUGGGCAAAUAAUAUUCAAAAGUAUCGCCAUCUAUAGUAUUUGGAUGUUUCCCUUGUGCAAAUAGCAUGUAUAAACAUGCUAAGUGCUGAUGAAUGAUUACUUUACUAGUGGAUGACAUGCUGUGUACGUCACCCGCACAUGAUUGGGGCAAGUGAUAUGACAUGUUAUGCACGUCACUUGCAACAAAAGGGUUAACCAAACGAGAUUUAAGUUAUUAAAUCUGAAGUUCGGUUAUUGUCAGCAUUCGUGGCUAAAGUUAGUUGCAUGUCCAGUAAAGUGCAGUGGAACCUCCCUUAGCAGACACCUCUCUAUUAAGGACAACCUCUCUAUUAUGGACAACCUCUCUAUUAAGGCCACUAGUUUUUGUCCCAAAGUUGUGGUUUCCAU